AUGGCAGUAAAUAGGUCAAGAGGAGAUGAUGAAUCUCACGAAAUAAGAAUUCCAUCUCUGAUUAUGGAUCAAAUAAAAACCAAAGAAGAUAAAGGGGAUUAUGUUGAUGAUGGUUCCAGAUAUACAAAGUUUGAUCAUAAGAUUAAUGAUAAGAAAAGAAAAGUAAAACCAAUAUCUAGGAAAGAAAAAAGACAACAAGAGAGACAGUUAAAGAAACAGAAGAAGAGUAAACAAUUAUCAAAUAAAAAGCCAGCUACUAUGCAAGCUAAAAAUGUUAAGGCAGAACUGAAGAGGGAUGAUCUUCUAGCCGCACUACGUGCAUUGAAGGAAGCUAAGAAUGUACAGAAAAGCUCUAAGGAUCUGUCAAUUAAGAUUGUCAAAGCAGACGACCUAGAAGAUGACGAAUUCAGUGAACAAGACGUUGAUGAUUUUGGUGGAUUUAGCGAGAAUAAUGAUGACUUUGAUGAUGAUAGCAUAGGUGAAGAAGAUUUUGACGAAGAAGAUUUUGAUGAAGACAGUUUUGAUGAGAGUAAUGAGUCAGAUGACGAAGAUCCAUUGGCCAAGCUUAAGAAAUUAAAGGAAAUGAAGAUGGCAAAAGCGAACGGAGAGAUAUCGAAAGCUGAAGACCCAAUUGCUCAAUUGAAAGCUUUGAAAGACAAUAAAAGCAAAGUAAAUAAAAAUAAGGACCCAAUAGCGCAAUUAAAAGCAUUAAAGGAAGAAAAAAAAGAUAAAUCAAAAAAGGAUACGAAGUUGAAGAAGGAAAAAGAAGCAACAUUUGUAUCACCCCAUGAUCGUGAGUUGAUGAAGCGUGAUGAAGACGAUAUGGCAUUUUAUGCUAAAAAAUUAGGUUUGAAGAAUGGGAAGAAAUCCAAAUUACCAAAAUCAGGCGAGGAUGACGGAAUCGAUGGUUUGCUAGAUGGGUUGGAUUUAGAUUUCAUGGAUGACGAAGGAUAUGCUAGUGACAAUAAGCGUGAAAAGGAAACCUCGCAUUCUAAAUCUAAACGUGAAUCAAAUCUUCCAUUCUCUUCGGAUGAUGAUAUAAGUGAGGGAGAUUUUGAUGAUGAUGACGAAGACUUACAUGGCGAAUCAGAUGAACUUUCAGAUUAUGAUGACGAAAAACCUCGCGUCAAAGAGAAUCCAUAUAUUGCACCUGUAGCUAGUAGCGCUAAAGGGGAUGAUUCUGAAGACGAAGAAGGAGCUCCAAAAAAAUAUAUCCCACCAGCAUUACGUCGGAAGUUGGCAUUAGAAUCAAGUGAGAUUUCUCCCGAGGUUAUGGCAUUACGCAAAUCUAUUAAAGGCCCAUUAAAUAAAUUAUCUGAAGCAAACAUUAAUUCAAUUGUUAAUGAAAUCAGCUCUUUGUAUUUGUCAAACCCAAGGCAUCUAGUAAGUGAAAAUUUAACUUCUAUUGUAUUAGAAAGUAUCGUACAACAGGGGAGAUUAUUAGAUACGUUUGUUUAUUUGCAUGCUACUCUUGUGGUUGCUAUUUAUCGUUUACAAGGAGUUGAAUUUGGUGCGCUUUUCAUUCAGACUUUAAUUGAAAAAUUUGAUAGCUACUAUGACCAACCUACUAAAGGAAAAGAGAUUUCUAAUAUUGUCUCACUCUUAUCUGCGGUUUACACUUUUCAGUUAGUUUCAUCGAAGUUGCUUUAUGAUGUAAUUAAAUUUUUAAUUAAUGAUUUAAAUGAAACGAAUGCGGAAUUGUUAUUAAGAAUAAUUAGAAAUUCUGGAAAUCAAAUGAGAACUGAUGACCCAACAGCUUUGAAGGAAAUUGUGUUGUUGACUAAUAAUGUUUCCUCUUCUAUGCUGUCGGAGAAAUUGAAUACAAGAACACAAUUCUUGUUAGAAACUAUCGCAUCCUUGAAAAACAAUAAAUUGAAAAACACUAAUGAAGCAAGUCAUCAAUUGACUAUCACAUUGAAGAAAUUUUUGGGUAGUGUUAAUAAUAAUAAAUUUAGCGACCCAAUCCAAGUUACCUUAGAUGAUAUUCAUAAUGUAAAUACAAGAGGUAAAUGGUGGUUGGUUGGUUCAGCUUGGAAGGGACAUGAUUCCAUUCAAAACAAAACAGAAUCAACUUUCAACGAAGAAGCGGUAAAUGAUAUAUUGGACAAUACUGAACCAAAUUGGAUGGAAUUAGCUAGGUCUCAAAGAAUGAAUACUGAUAUUAGAAGAGCAAUUUUCAUUUCAAUCAUGUCAGCUAAUGAUUAUGUUGAUGCUUUAACGAAGUUAGAUAAACUAGCAUUAAAGAGAUCACAAGAGAGAGAAAUUCCUCGAGUAUUGAUUCAUUGUACGGGUAUAGAGCCAGCUUGGAAUCCCUAUUAUGGUGUUUUAGCUAGUAAGCUUUGUGAUAAUCAUUCAAACAGAAAAACCUUUCAAUUCAUGCUCUGGGAUUUAAUCAAAGACUUUGAAGGUACUGAUGGUAAUGGAUCUGAUGAAGAAACAGAUGACUUCUUGGGUUUUGAUACAAACGAUGAGGAUGACGAAUCGAGAUUGAAGAGAAUUUCGAAUUUGGGAAGAUUUUUUGGUUAUUUAUUAGCAGAAGGCUCUUUACCAUUACAUAUCUUGAAAUCUGUUAAUUUCUUGAUAGCAUCAAAUGAUACUGUUUUAUUUUUGGAGUUGAUACUAUUAGUAUUUUUAGAUCAUGUUGGUAAAAAAUCUCAGAUUAACUCUGUUGGAGCUGGGUUGGCUGGGUCAAAAGCAGGCAAGAAUAUGUAUGAGCAAAAAUAUGAUGAUAAGAUACUAAUUGAGAGGCUAAUAAAAGCCCAGGAACAGCAAACUUUAUUGAGAGGUCUUCAAUAUUUCUUACAGGACAAAGUUAAAGCGAGCGAUUUUAUAAGUGGGAAAAAGCAACGUAGAAGGAUUGAAUGGGGUGUGGAUGCUAUGUGUGAUAUUAUAGAUGAAUUUUUGAAAGCUGGUGAUGAUCUGUAA